UUUAUAAAUUUCAUUUUCUACAUCAGUAAGCAAAAGCAAUAACAAGAGAGAAGGAAAGGGAUUAUGACAAGCAGCAAGGUUGAUGAGCAAAUGGAACUCAUCUCUCAGUUCUAUCCUCAAAUUUACUCCCAACUAGCACAAGAACAAGUCUCUUCAGAAGAGACAAUGGUGAAACCGCGGAGAAGAAGGAAGAAGAAGAAAAGUGAAGGAAGCAGCAACACUAGUGGAGUAGUGAUGAGGAAGAGGAAGUUGCUUAGUGAAGAACAAGUUAAUCUUCUUGAACGAAGUUUCGGGGACCAACACAAGCUGGAGACGGAGAGGAAGGCUAAGCUCGCUUCUGAGCUUGGCCUUGAUCCUCACCAAGUCGCGGUGUGGUUUCAAAACAGGAGGGCUAGAUGGAAGAACAAGAAACUCGAGGAAGAAUACUCCAAGUUAAAGACUCAACAUGAGGAUACCAUCAUUGAGAAAUAUCGUCUUGAAACUGAGGUUUUGAAGAUGAAAGAGCAACUGUGUGAAGCAGAAAAGGAGAUACAGAGGCUAUUAUUGGAACGUAAAUGUGAUAUUUCAAGGAAUAAUAGCCCAACUUCAUCAAUAUUCUCAAUGGAACAACCACAUUUUCUUGGGGAGUUUGGAAUGGAGGGGAUAUUAAUGGAUGAUAAUAUGUUCUUUGUUGCUGAUUAUCAAAGCACUUAUAUGACUCUUUGGGAUAAUUAGAAUGGGUUUUAAUUUAUAAUCCUACAUGUAUGAUAUUCUGAUCAUCCCAUGUAUAAGUUUUAAAUGUAGAAAUAUGUACAUUCUUUCUUUUGCAACUUGCUUUGUGGU